UUUAUAAACUUGCUCAGUUUUUAAGUUUCUAUUGUAAAAACAAAAAUAAAAAUAAAUACAAAUAAAUCAAACAAUGCCUCUUUGUUGUACGUUGUACCUUUAAAAGAGAACGGGUUAAAUUAAUGGUAACACAGAGAUAUUACUAGCUGUUGAUAAAUAAGAAAAAUCUCCCUUUAUGACAUAACCUGCUGUGUAAUACAAACAAAAUCUGCUGGUCGGAAGGAAAAACAGAAGGUGUAAAGUAAAAGACAAAGACAUAACAGAAGUAUAUUUUAUUGAAUAACUAUUCAUUUAUAAUUAACGUAUUUUGAGACAGCCAAGGAUAAGCUAUAAAUUGUAUAUAAUUGAACAUGCAGUGAUACAAGUAGAAGAAAACAAAGAGACGUGUGCGUUUUUCUGUGAUAUAUGAAAUCUUACUAGAAAAUUAUAAAAUAUUGAGAUCCAGUUUUAAUCAUUUCUACAUUUUAUCAAAUGACUGUGGAUGGUACUAACAGUAAUGAGCAAGUUAUUCUUGUAACGGGUGGUUAUGAUCAUACUAUCAAAAUAUGGCAACCUCACACAGGAGUUUGCCAACGAACUGCAGAACACACAGAUUCGCAAGUCAAUGCUUUAGACAUAACUCCAGAUAAAUAUCUAAUAGCUGCUGCCGGAUAUCAACAUAUAAGGAUGUAUGACUUGGUUUCGAACAAUCCAAAUCCAAUUAUUAAUUAUGAAGGAGUGUCAAAGAAUAUUACAGGUUUAGGUUUCCAGGAAGAAGGGAAAUGGAUGUAUACUGGUGGUGAAGACUGUUCAGCACGGAUUUGGGAUCUCAGGUCAAGUAGCUUUCAAUGCCAACGCAUAUUUCAAGUGUCAGCUCCUGUAAACUGUGUUUGUCUGCAUCCGAAUCAAGCAGAACUUAUUGUUGGUGAUCAAAGCGGUGUUAUACAUUUGUGGGAUUUACGUUCGGAUCAUAACGAACAAUUGAUACCAGAAGCUGAAGCGUCUGUGCAAGACGUUGCGAUUGAUCAAGAUGGUACAUAUAUGGCAGCAGUGAACAACAAAGGCCACUGUUAUAUUUGGACACUUACCGGGGGUGUAGGCGAUGAACCUACCCGUCUUAAUCCUCGUCACAAACUUUCAGCACACAAACGUUACGCACUUCGAUGCAAAUUUAGCCCCGAUUCUACACUUUUAGUGACUACAUCUGCUGAUCAGACUGCUCGAGUUUGGAAAACUACAGAUUUCUCGGAAGUACAAGUACUUCAACAUGAGGCAAAACGAUGGGUCUGGGAUGCUGCAUUUAGUGCAGAUUCACAAUACAUAUUUACUGCUUCGUCCGAUGGUGUUGCAAGAUUAUGGAAUGUAUCAACAGGAGUAGUAGAACGAGAAUAUCAGGGUCACCAAAAAGCAGUUACUGCUCUUGCAUUUCGUGAUGAAGUACUUUCCGUUUCCUAAACGAGCAGUACAUUUGUUUAAAUUUUUGAAUAGGAGGAAUGUCGUUUUAACUUAUAGUUUAUAUUAAACUAUCUAAUUUUCGUG